UGUGAAUAAUAUGAUGUCAUAUUUGCACAGGAGAUUUGGAAGACAACUUAUGGUUUUUGUGAUGGAUGAAAUAUUGUGUAGAUAGUAUCUUGACCUGUUCAUGCUUUUGGUGGCUCAGCGGUUAGCUUGAGGACUUACAAAACAAAAAUUUGUGAUUCGAUCCCUACGGUGGACACAACAGAGACAGCCCAUUGUGAUCAACACAAAGCAAAUAUAACAGGAUUCAGUACUCGAGGAAAUGACGAAGUAAUGGACGACAGCGCACAAGAGACAGUUCAACAACCUGAAGUUAGUGUGGCUGACCAGGACGUGGCCAAAGCGUCUAGCACUGAGCUCAACAAGAGUCUGCUUCGCUGCUUGCUACUUGUGUUACCUGUAGCUAUACCGGUAGUAAUCUACUUACAGGAUGUGCCUCCCACCAGGCGCAUUUUUCUCACAACUUUUGGGCUGCUAUUAGUGGCUGUCUUUUCCUGCAUGUUGAUGACGUUGCUGCGUGCUCACCAGUGUCAUUUGGAGGAAGCCACGCCACAUAUUGAAGUGACAAGUGAGAUUCCGCAGCACUAUAUACUGUCAAUGACCAAUCGUUCUACACCACAUAAUUUGUACAACGUCCCAUCAACUAGUGGCAUGCGUGAUGUUCGCUCAGGAGUUACUCUUUUGCAUUCAUACACCCACGCCCCAGUACAUUAUCACCUAUCUUCCCACUACCACAACCGCUCCCCACCCCAGCAAGAGCAGCACUCUUCUGCCGUCGUUGACUCUCCUCUCGCUCGUUCUCCCUCCAGUUUCCAACAUUUACGCUCUUCCUCCCUUCGCCAUCCCUCGUAUAGCUCCUCAUUUCGUCAUUAUUCAUCCAGAUCUUCUCACCACCAGAACAUGAGGUCAUCUUACCCUUAUAGAACAUACCGUUCCUUUCGACGACAUUCUUCAAGUUCUCUUCAUCGGGUACAAUCGACCAGCCGCCUUUCAAGGUCUUCUUAUCAUGCACCACCAACCCAAGAAGCUUACAUCAGGGAUCAAACAACACUCCCGGUCGCUCAGCCAUGCGUAUCGCGUUCGUUCUUCACAGAUAAUGCAAGAUCCACUCAGUUGCCAAUCAGGGAUGAUCCACCAUCCUAUGAAAUAGCUUUAGAUUGUCCUUUAGCUUUAGUCUGUAACCCUAUGGAAAGAACCUAUAAUCAGCAGGCAGAGACACCGCCUCCUAGCUAUGAUAAAGUAAUAAAAUGAAAACUAAGACAUUCUUUAGUUAUUUCUUGGUGGCAAAGCAUUUAAGUUUGGCAUAAACUUUACCUGAAAGUAAAGAAUUCGCGGUCUUGCGCUCCCGCUCUAGAGAAAACUGUUACUUUUGAUGAAAUUUGGAUUGAAAAACUGUGUUUGGAUACUGUUGUACUACAUUUAUUUCUCCAUUUACAUUUAUAUAAUUGUUGCUUUUCACAGAUGAAUAUAUCUCGUACAAGAAGCGUAUUUGCUAAAAAUAACGCUUAUCACUUCAACAGAAUAAUUUAUUAAUUGUAAAUAUUUCACAUAUUUUCAGUUGUUGUAAUAUAAGCCAAUAUUGUGUAUUUUGAAAUAACACCACAGCUUCUUACAUUUGAUUGAAAAUCUAUAAUACCUCAUAAGGACAUAAAAGGUAAAAAAAAAAAAAGAGAUGUAAUUUGCCCUCAAGCGCUAAAGGAAGUAGUUGGGCGUUGUCUAUAGGACCGACUGCGGCCUUAACUAAAUCGUGUUAAACUUCAAAAAUUAACCUACCGAACAUGUCACCGGUGGAAAAACAAUGACCUCGUACGUACACACAUGUCAUAAGCAGUUCUUCCUAAAGUCAGUUAUUACAUAUAACGCCGUUAGAAACAACAUAUGAUUUGUGGCUCUUGUUCAUCAUUUUGGUUGUUCGAGAGUAUACGUUGCAUCAUGGCUUCAUCGUGAUCGAAACUUUAGCUUACUAGAGAAGGAGAAUCAUCUAUAAAAGGAUUCAAUAACACUUAACACCUCUGGUUAAUAAUAAUAAUGAUUCCUACAAAAAAAUUACUAAAGUAUUAGCUUUAUACGAGUGAUAAGUGUUUGACAAAAGUUGAGCUUGAAAAUGACAUAAAAAUCAUUCCCCAGUUUGUAGAUACAGCAAUAGAAGUGUUAAGGUUAGUAGCUGUUUUGAAAGUGUGUUAAAAAUUAAUUGGUUCUUAGUUGAUGACUUAAAAAUAAUCAUUAUUUUCAAUGUUUAGGAAGGAUUAAAAAGAAGUUUGGAGCAAUUUACAGUUCCUAGGUAUCCACCAGUUCGUCAGCAGUUAACUUACAUACUUAUAACACUUAAAUAUGGGGUUCGAUUCCCCGUAGUUGAUAGAGCCCAGAUGACCUAUUUUUCGGCUUAGAACUGUAAAGGCAACAACACUUGUUAGAAUAAUGCAUCUGUAAUAUUUUAAUUGUUUAAAGGCUACAGUGAUUUGUUGUUAUUGUGAAAAAUCUUAAUUUAAUAGAAUAUUGUGAAAUAGGCAAUUUUAGAACUAACUGUAAAGUUUGUUACUCGUAGAGUUUUAAAAACUGAAAACGAAAAUAACCAUGUUUUAUGAUAUUUAAAAUUGAAUUAACUACUGUAAAAUUCACACACUAUAUCGUAUUAAGUAACUGCAAAUAAAUGUUUCAUUUUUUCUAUUUUUUUUAUGCUGGUUGUUAAUCUUUUCAUUUUCAGGGAAUACUGAAUGCUGACGUCAUUUGUCUCGUGAUACUCAACGGUAAAAAUAAAAUCUCUUAAUAUGAAACUACGCUGCGGGAACGUUCUAGAAAUGUUAAAAUUAACCAUGUUUGUUCAUACGGUUUAUACUUCGCUAUAUCAAAAGUAGAAAACCUAAAAAAAAUAAUUCACCUCUCCUAGUCAGCAAUAAUACUAUAUCGUAGAUCAUUUUCUUGUUGGUGUUUUGUUAUUUCAAUCUUUUUACAUUGAUUUCUGUUUAAUAUCUGAAUAUCUUUGAAAUCAUCCUAAUUUAGGAAAGUUUAAUUGCUCCAUUUUUUUGCACGUGAAUACAGAAAUUCGUGAAACAUUAGAUUUCAUGAACGAAAGCAAAAGGAAAUUGGAAAAGAAAGAAUUUUAUUCUGAAGAUAGAUAAAGAUUAUCUGUUUAUACUAUACUAGAGAAAGCUUUUAGUUUGUAUAUGUUAAAUAGAUUUUUUUAAUAUUGAAGAUUGUUAGGCACGGUAGAGUCGAAAAAAACCGUCCACUCUCCCACCUAAGUCGAUGGCAGAUAAUCAUUUAUUCGUGUCUAUGUGUGAGAAACAGUUUGAUGAAAAAAACCUAUAGAUGCACGAACAUUCCUACAAAAAUAGACACAAAAUCUUAAUAAUUACAAAAGAUACAGAAAACACUAAUUGUAUGGAAUUCUUUUAUAUUUGUAUUCUUCUCUCAGCAACCGAGAUUUUUAAGUGAACUUCAAUUAUUGUAUCAUGAUUACUGUAACUUUCUACGACAAGUCAUCUAAAUAUAUAUAUAUGUUCAUGUAUAUAUAUAUAUAUAUUAUUAAAUGGUAUUUUCUAACAACCGUUCGUUUAUAUCAAUUCUCGUGUAUUUCUUUAACUGGCUUCUUAUUAAUAAAGAAACAAUGUAUAUAAUGCUUUAUUUUGUUUUCCGUGCUUACUGUCAGUGAAUAAGCAAACUAUUUGUAUAACGUUUUGUCUUCUGUGCUUGUUUUCAGUGUUUUAUAUCUUGAAUAAACCAACCAAUUGUACAAUG